CUUGCUUCCGACUUCCUUGAUCGCCACGAUAUUCACAUCCUACCGCUUCUACUCAUCAACGACCCCUCUCACCAAGCCUUUCUUCCGACAAAAUGUUCGCUGUCAAGUCUCUCUGCGCCGUUGCGGUGCUCGCUUCCAGCGUGGCUGCCCAAGCCAAGUUCCAGUACGGAACUCCCAACCCCAACAUGGCUGGUGUUGUUGGCCGCAACUCCAACGGCCCGACCAACCCCAAGACGCCGCAAGAGAACACGCCUAUUAACCAGACCUCCAUGGCUCGUCUCGUGUCCGUCAACUCCGUCGAUGACUGGUGCAUUUACGGACCUCCUGAGAAUGGACAGACCAUUGCGAACGUCGAGGGUGAAGUUGUCGCUUACUGCACAAAGCCUCGCAACAACGCUCGUGUCAUCCCCGAUGGCACUGUCACCGCUGCCCACUUCGUCAAGACUCCUCUCUACGUCCAAUUGAUGGCUCUGGGUGACUUCACCAAGAUUGGCUUCGCUCCCGGAGACCAAGGUGGAGAGCUUGACCCUCACGGUGCCACAAACAUGGGUAACCCUGUCGGAGGAAACGUCACUUCCAACGUUUCUGGGAAGGACGUCUUCUACGAGGAGUGGAUGAACUUCGUUUCUGUGGACCAAGCCUGCAUCCGUAUCUGCAUUGCCGGUACCGACGUUGCACCCACUCCACUCGAGUGCCAACACACCCUUGAUGAGAUGGGCUGCAACUGGGUGAUGCCAGGAAACUACGCGGACAACUCCUUCGACACGUGCGACGGUGACGCUGCGUACCCCCCUGGUCUCUUCCCUCAACCAGACGGCUCUACGUCUACCUUCCAGCAGUACUUCUCUUCCGUCUACACUGCUCCCGGCGGUGACGUGCAGACCUUCAUCAACGCUUCCCCAGACCAACAGACCCCUAGCGCUGCCUACUCGCUACCUUCGACCAGCCAGUGCACCACGGCUAGCAGCAUUGCCAAUGGCAUCAAGUCUCUUGUCAGCGGAAGCAGCUCCUCCGCGAUGAUGCUCUGAGUGGAGUCUUGUCCUUUACAAAAUCUUUCACGCUCAAAGGAAUGUGCGCAUGAUCGGGAAUCAUAACGCGCAUCCAAAAUCGUCUCAGCACA